UAGUCAGUGUUUUCCGGGGACCCACCCUCUCGGAGCAGCUCGUCGGCCUGGCCCACCCCGUGCUCGAUGAGGCUCUGACAGUCGUCCAGCGGCUUGAUGCUGUCGGCCUCGAUGGAGUCCACCUCGGCCAGCAGGGCGAUCAGCCGCUCCGUCAGCAGCCGGGAGGCAGCGGCCUGCAGCUCAGUGAAGUGCCUGCGGAGGGCCUCGCGGGCCUGACCCGAGCUGCCCCGCACCUGCAGCACACAGCAGAGAGGAAGACGAAGGAGGCAGCUCCGCGUCGUUUUGGUCAGCGGGACCUCGACUUCUCCUCCCCGACAUGAGGAGAGCGGUGCUGAAGGAAGCCGCCAAACGCUUCCCGUGGCUGGCCAACGUCACCCUGUACGGCUGCCUGUUCGCCGGCGGCGACCUGGUCCACCAGCUCAUCGCGCAGAAGGAGCGCAUGGACUGGAGGCACACGCGCAACGUCGCCAUCGUGGCCAUCAGUUUCCAUGGAAACUUCAAUUACUUCUGGCUGCGCGCGCUGGAGCGGCGCUUUCCCGGGAAGUCCGCCGCGAUGGUGUUCCGCAAACUGCUGCUGGACCAGAGCUUCGCGUCGCCACUGGCCACCAGCGUCUUCUACACAGGUGUGAGCUUCCUGGAGGGCAAAGAGGACGUGUUUGAAGACUGGAGGGAGAAGUUCUUCAACACCUGGAAGACGGGACUCAUGUACUGGCCAUUCAUGCAGUUUCUCAACUUCGUCCUGAUGCCGUUGUACUUGCGGACGGCCUUCAUGGGCUGCUGCGCCUUCCUCUGGGCCACCUUCCUGUGCUUCUCCCGGCAGGACGGCGACGGCACCGCCGCCGUGGCCCUGGCCUUCGUCAUGGACCCCCGCAAAACGCUGGAGGAGAUCCGCGAGGCCCGGCUUGCCCGGAAGAAGCAAAAGACCCAGAGGGAAAACUGAAGGAAGGAGGAGGACUUCGCAGGACUGAUGGCGUUUUCACUUUUGCUAAACCAGCAUCCACAAACUGAAAGCAGCGUCUCACUGGUUUAAAAGUUAAACUGUGUCACUGAGAACAUUCACCAUCUGACUGAUAUGGAUGUUAAAGGCUGGUGAAGCUGUAAACAGGAAGUAUUCAAGACCUGGAAGCACUCACAGUGAUGAUCCUGGCUCCAAACCACAAAGGUUUCAUCAGCCUGGACCCAUGGACGUGUUAAUGUAGUUGUGUUGUGAUGAGGAACUGUGGCUGGUUGUUGUUGCUGGUGGGACCGGUCUGACGUGAGCACGAAGAAGCUCCUGAGUUAAGGGCUCGAUAGUUCUGCUUCAACACUAGUUGUGCCUUUUCUCUUGAUGGACAGACCGCUGGUCUACAAGCCGCCCUUGUUUGGCUGAUCGGUCACCAGUGAUGAUCAAUGUAUUGAGACAUGUAUACAAUUUAAAAUGGAGUUUCUGCAUGUGGUACUGAUCUUCUCGUCUAACUCAACUCUACUUUUAUCUUUAACAGCAGUGAGACAGAGACUGAACAACAUGUUCCCAACAUGUUCCCAGUAAAGGAUGAAGGUGAUGCUAAGCUAAGCGGGACCACUCACUCAGAAAGCAUCAGUGCAUCCCCCUUGUGUUGAGCGUGUCCCAUAGUUUCACCUGUGAAUCUGGAUCCUGUCCUCUUACUUGAAUGAUCUCAUAGUUUACCAUCGGCCCAGAAAUCCUUAUCGUGCAGUUUCCUAAACCAAAACCCGUUAUUCUAUUUCGUAUAGAUUUUUAUGUAGUGAAGCUGAAAGGUUUGUGACUUUUACGAAUAUAUUCAUCUUCAAAUGAGAGAAAAAAAAUAGACUUUGAUAUUUCACUGCGUCAUGGUACAGUGAACCUACAGUAUUACAUCAGCAGUGAUUAACUCUAUGUCUGCAUCGUACAUAAUAUUCAACUUUUAAGGAUCAAAUCUAUGGAUUUACCUCGAGGGAGGAAGAGCACACGUUAAGCAGUUUGACACAAGCCUUCUGUAGAUCGCUGACUGUCUGUUUUUGGCACAUAAAUCUAAAUUUAGAGCAGCGUGUGAUUGUGAUAUUGUGACGACCGGUUUACAGCUAAAACUGUGACAACCUCAACUAUCUUGUGAUAUUUUCAGAAAUGGGUCGAUCGCUUGUUUGUUGUGUGAACGCUGAAAUGAAUAAACUGUUCUGUCAUAUUCUGUGGACUAGAUGUGAUUUCUAGACCACAGAUAAUGUGAUUUUAAGGGGAAACUUUUCCAUUGUGUUUAAAAACCACGAACAACGAGACUGUAACCGGGUAGAGUCCCAGGUUCACUUCAUCUCUGUCUGACUGAUUAUUCACUGAUGAGCAAAUUUUGAAAUUGGCACCACUGAAAUAGAAUUCUGAUUCUAACUCUGAAAGUAGUGAACUAAGCCUUUAACCAAAUUCCCUGUAAUGUCGCUGUUUGUAGUCGUCUAUCAAGACAGAGUGGAUCUGUGUGUGUGUGUGUGUGUGUGUCUAUGAAACAGCUUUAUGCUCAGAUGAUGGUGCUCGUGGAUUAACCAGGAUCAGAAAGGCCACGGGCUAAUCCGUCUGAAAAGGACAGAGUGGAUCCGGUGCGACCUUCUGACCCCACCAACAGGAAGUUAAAUUCCCAGGUGCCACUUAACACACCCUCCCUCUCCGAACUCUCUGAAACACAACUGCCCUACUACACGUCAGGUUGGUGGCCAGGAGGAGGAGGCGUGUGAGAGGGCGCACAGAAUUAUAUUAUCUUUAUCAAUAGUUAAUAAAAAAAAUAAUUUGAGAGUCUCGUGUCAUUAUGGUCAUUUGUGUCUCUUUAAGGUCACGUUUGUUUUGUUCGGGGCCAAGUUUGGUUGGUUUGUGUCUCAUUUGGUUUUUUGUGAUCAUUUUGUUUUUUUCAUAGUAAUAUUUCUUCUAUUUUCAGUAGUUUUGUCUUUUGGAGCAACUUUGCAUCUAUUAAGUGUUUAAUUUUUACUCAUCUUUGUUGAAAUUGAGUGGUUUUUUUUGGAACAUUUUGCGUCAUUUUUUCCUCACUUUUCAGUUGUUGUAUAUCUAGAUUUGAUCAUUUGUCUGGUUUUGUCAUCAUCAUAUUCAUCUUCUUUUAGUGGUUUUGAGAUCAUUUUGUGUAUGUAUUUCUUCCUUUUUCAGAAGUUGUGUGUCUUUUUGUAAUCAUUGUGUGUUUCAAUGUAGCCAUAUUUGAUCUUUUUUUGUAAUUUACUGACUUUUUGACCAAUGUACAUCUCUGUGGCCUUUAAUUGAGUCUUUGUGGUCUUUAAUUGAGUCUUUGUGGUCUUUAAGUGUGUAUCUGUGGUCUUUAAUUGAGUCUUUGUGGUCUUUAAUUGAGUCUUUGUGGUCUUUAAGUGUGUAUCUGUGGUCUUUAAUUGAGUCUUUGUGGUCUUUAAUUGAGUCUUUGUGGUCUUUAAUUGAGUCUUUGUGGUCUUUUAUUGAGUCUUUGUGGUCUUUAAUUGAGUCUCUGUGGUCAUUAAGUGUGUAUCUGUGGUCUUUAAUUGAGUCUUUGUGGUCUUUAA